AUGAUUGGUACGUAUGCGGGUGGAUCGCCCACAAUGACCACCAUUCAAGGCUCAUUAGCAGCGAAGUCACAGGCAAAGUUGUCGAUCGAAGAGAAUAUCAUGAAGAAGGGUAUUUUUGCUGUGUUCAGAGCACUAGUGGGCAACUGUAGUACACCGAUAUAUAAGGUUAUUGAAUCGGAUCUGAUUUCGGAUCUGUUUGAUUGUCUUCAUUCAUUUCGCGUGAGCAAUGAGCAAUGA